CGGAUAUCUUGGACACGAGGAACGGAACGGACCAGCACGGCGAGGAAGGGAGAGGGUGGCCGCUAGAUUACCUUUUUAUACUGAACCAUGGCCAAUUUAGCAGUUCAAGACCUCAAAACGCUGGACAUCACCAAGCUGACGGCACUGUCCCCGGAGGUGAUCAGUCGGCAGGCCACCAUCAACAUUGGCACCAUCGGCCACGUGGCACAUGGCAAGUCCACCGUGGUGAAGGCCAUCUCAGGUGUCCAGACCGUCAGAUUCAAGAAUGAACUGGAGAGGAACAUCACCAUUAAGCUCGGGUACGCCAACGCCAAGGUGUACAAAUGUGACAACCCUAAGUGUCCCCGGCCGGCCUGCUUCACCUCCGCCAGCUCACACAAGGAGGACGCAAUUCAGUGCGCCCGAUCCAACUGCUCCGGGAAGUUCCGUUUGGUCCGCCAUGUGUCCUUUGUGGACUGUCCCGGCCACGACAUCCUUAUGGCCACCAUGCUGAACGGUGCCGCAGUGAUGGAUGCUGCACUGCUGCUCAUUGCUGCGAACGAGACCUGUCCACAGCCACAGACCUCGGAGCAUCUGGCCGCCAUUGAGAUCAUGAAGCUCAAGCACAUUCUCAUCCUGCAGAACAAGAUUGACCUUUGUCGCGAGUCUCAGCUCAGGGAACAGUACGACCAGAUCCUGCGCUUCAUUCAAGGCACAGUAGCGGAGGGAGCCCCAGUUAUCCCCAUUUCUGCACAAUUGAAGCUAAACAUCGAUGUGGUGUGCGAAUACAUCACCAAGAAGAUCCCAAUCCCUGAACGCGACUUUCUCAGCCAGCCAAGACUCAUUGUUAUCCGCUCCUUCGACGUCAACAAGCCUGGAUGUGAGGUGGAGGAUUUGAAAGGCGGAGUGGCUGGUGGUUCUAUUCUGCGUGGAGUUCUCAAGAUUGGCCAGGAGAUUGAGGUGCGGCCCGGAAUCAUGUCGAGAGACGCAGAGUGUGGCCUUGUGGUGUGCAAACCCAUCAGGUCGCGCAUCAUCUCACUCUUCGCCGAGACCAACGAGCUCCAGUUUGCCGUGCCAGGAGGACUUAUAGGCGUGGGCACCAAGAUCGACCCCACACUGUGCCGGGCGGACCGCAUGGUGGGGCAGGUGCUGGGUGCGGUGGGGUCCCUGCCGGAGAUCUUCACUGAGCUGGAGAUAUCGUAUUUCCUGCUGCGUCGCCUGCUGGGAGUCAGAACAGAGGGUGACAAGAAGGGUGCCAGGGUGCAAAAGUUGGCCAAGCACGAGAUGCUGAUGGUGAACAUUGGGUCGCUGUCCACCGGGGGCCGUGUGCUGGCGGUGAAGGCUGACUUGGCCAAGAUCACCCUCACCCAGCCUGUCUGCACUGAGGAGGGAGAGAAUAUUGCACUCUCCAGGAGGAUUGACAAGCACUGGAGGCUUAUCGGAUGGGGGCAGAUCCGUAGAGGCGUCACCAUCAAGCCUGAGUGAGAGAGAGAGGGAGAGGGGAGAGGGGAGAGUUGACAUGACACCACGGAAGGCAAGGGUUCUGUCACACGUACACACAUACAUACGGACACUGUUGAUAAAUAUUAUGGGUAAAGAAAAAAAUUAAUAAAAUGUCGAGAAAAAGUGGA